CCGAGGCCCGGCCAUGGCCACCACCAGCACCACAGGCUCCACCCUACUGCAGCCGCUCAGCAACGCCGUGCAACUGCCCAUCGACCAGUCUAGAUUUGGUAAAUGUCUGGCUGAGGAGUUUCAGCUUCUGCAGGACGAAGGAAAAAGGCAGUGCAGACAGGCCAGUGUGCCCUGAUGAAGUUGGUGACGUGGCUCAGCAAGUAGAUCACCACCUUCGCUUUGUGCUGCAUGCAGUGGGGACCAGGGUCAACUUUGUAGUGUGCCAACUCUUUGCCUUGUUAGCAGCCAUUUGGUUUCGAAUUUAUCUACACUCAAGCAAAACUAGCUCUUUUAUAAGACACAUAGUUGCUACCCUUUUGGGCCUUUAUCUUGCAUUUUUUUGCUUUGGAUGGUAUGCCUUACAUUUUCUUGUACAAAGUGGGAUUUCCUACUGCAUAAUGGUCAUCAUCGGAGCGGAAAGCAUGCACACAUAUUGUUUUGUGUUUGCUUUGGGAUACCUCACAGUGUGCCAAAUUACUAGAGUCUAUAUCUUUGAUUAUGGACAGUAUUCUGCUGAUUUUUCAGGCCCAAUGAUGAUCAUUACCCAGAAGAUCACUAGUCUGGCUUACGAAAUUCAUGAUGGGAUGUUUCGAAAGGAUGAAGAACUGACUCCAUCACAGAGGGGAUUAGCUGUAAGGCGCAUGCCAAGUCUCCUGGAGUAUGUAAGUUACAACUGUAACUUCAUGGGCAUCCUGGCAGGUCCACUCUGCUCUUACAAAGACUACAUUACUUUCAUUGAAGGCAGGCCAUCCUAUGUGACACAGGCCAGUGAAAAUGGAAAAGAAGAGGCGCAGCAGGGAAGAGCAGACCCGUCCCCAAAUGCAGCUGUUAGUGACAAGCUCUUAGUCUGCGGGCUCUCCUUGUUAUUUCACUUGACCAUCUCCAACGCGUUGCCUGUGGAGUACAACAUUGAUGAGCGAUUCCAGGCCACAGCUUCAUGGCCAACCAAAGUCACCUACCUGUAUAUUUCUCUUUUGGCUGCCAGACCUAAAUACUAUUUUGCGUGGACCUUAGCUGACGCUAUUAAUAAUGCUGCAGGCUUUGGUUUCAGAGGAUAUGACAGAAAUGGAGUGGCUCGUUGGGACUUAAUUUCCAAUUUGAGAAUUCAACAAAUAGAGAUGUCGACAAGUUUCAAGAUGUUUCUUGAUAAUUGGAAUAUCCAGACAGCUCUUUGGCUCAAAAGGGUGUGUUAUGAACGAGCGUCCUUCAGUCCAACAAUCCAGACGUUCUUUCUCUCUGCCAUUUGGCAUGGGGUAUACCCAGGAUAUUAUCUGACGUUUCUAACAGGGGUGUUAAUGACAUUAGCAGCACGAGCUAUGAGAAAUAACUUCAGACAUUAUUUCUCUGAGCCUCCUCUACUUAAGUUCUUGUAUGACGUCAUAACCUGGGCGGUGACCCAGGUAUCAAUAAGUUACACCGUCGUGCCGUUUGUGCUUCUCUCUGUGAAACCGUCGCUCAUGUUUUACAGCUCCUGGUAUUACUGCCUUCACAUUUGUGGUAUCUUAGUUUUAUUAUUGUUGCCGGUGAAAAAAACUCAAAGAGGAAAGAAUGCGCAUGAAAAUAAUGAGCUCUCACGACCCAAAAAGUUUGACGAAAGAGAAAGUUCUCUGGGACAGAACAGCUUUUCCACACCAAACAACAUUUGCAGUCAGAACCAAGACCUGGGCUCCAGACACUCAUUGCUAACGCAGUGAUGUAGGGAGCCUCUUCCUGACUGCUGCGAUCUGUGAACAGAAACUACUUACCAUCUUUACAGAGGGCCUGUGUUUAAGGAAAACAGACUAACCAAGGGGAAUGGGACAGUUAUAGAUAGAGAAUUUCCUGCAUACCAGAUUGAACAUGGAACGAAAUAACCCCUCCCUUACCAUGUCCCUGUGGGCCACGCCUUAUAAAAACUUUUCCAUAUUUCAACAGGGCACUCUGACCUCAGCAUAUGUCCUUCAGGUCAUAUGUGUGCCCUGUUGCUGAAUGUACAUUGCAUAUCCCAAGGCACUGAAGAAGUGGAAAAAUAAUCGUGUCAGUCUGGAUGAUUGAGAGAUUAACUUUUCCAAAUGAAUGUCUUGCCUUAAACCUUCUAUUUCCUAAAACAUUGUUCCUAAAUGGUAUUUUCAAAUGUAAUGUUGUGAGAAGGCUAUUUCAACAUUUGAUGUUGUGUGCUGUACAGGAAUUGAGGAGGAAUUUAAAACUAGAUAUUUAAGCUUGCAGAUAUUUUAAAAAUGCAAUAAACACUCAGUAUUUGAAGGGUUUUCUGAAGGUAUCUCAGAUGACAAUACAUGAUGGCACUGUAAACAGUAACAGAUGCUAAAUUACAUGUAGCUUAUUUUUCUGGGGAACUUAAUUACCUUGUGUCAGUCAGGGAGCCCUUCCAGGACGAAUUUCUUAAACAUAAUUAAAGGUUGGUAAUGUGAUAUUUUAGGCCUAUUUUCUUAAAAACAAAAAUAAGAGCGAUCAGGCAGGCAGGAAAAGAAAGCAGUGUGCGGCCUGGAGCUAGCUAGCAUCAGAGCGCCUCUCCCUUCCUGUGUCCGAGCGCAGUACGGCUGUGCGGUACAGAAAGCUAGUGAUAUUUGGGGCUUUUAAAUGAAAUUUGCUGAGCAUAAAUUAUAUAGAAUUAGGAGAGAUUGUGAGAGUAACAGUGGUAGAUUGCUCGGAAGUUAUGAAAAAAAAUCUCUAGUAAUUAAGGAAACUAUAUGGCUAAUCAGUUUCUUAGCCCUGUCACUUUGCUAUUUGAGAAGGUUUUAGGGAAAAGAAAAUUUAGUUGUUGAGUCUGAAUGGCAUUUUUUGAAAAUCAAUAUGAAUUCAUUUCCAAAAUUCUUUAACUUCAUAUAUUAAAAUUUUUCUAAUUAAAUGUUGUUCAAGUGGGUUUUAGAUUCUAUAAAAACAGAAAUGUGUUUCCAUGUUAGGGGCCAUUUUUGCCAUAAUAAUCUUGCCUUGAGUUAGUAGGUGUGUCCUUUAAUCCCAUAGCAAUAUUACAGGUCGUAGUAGCUGUAAGCCUGAGGUGAGUUUAAUGUCAAGUAGCCCCCAGCCUCAGCCAGGCUUGAGAUCUGGCCCUGUGGGAGAGCGGGGGCAGGUCUUUACUGAAAUUUGACCAAGAUUUUACGGAAUUUGUUUUGUUUUGCCUUAAAUCUUCAAAUGAAAUGCAAAUUGUCUAUAAUGAGUGCUUUUUUGUCACUAAUACUUUUGUGAGUAAAGUUAGGAGCCGACAGGGUGGUUUAAACUUUAUAGUGUUUCAACCAAAGAAGCAAGACAGAGUUGGAAGGCCUGAGGCCCGCCACAAGUGUGCCAGUGUGUUGCUGGACCUUGGGAUAGCGUUGCUGGGUCUGAUUUUCUGAAAGCAGACUGUUUCCCACCUGCUUAGCCAAGUCCUCCACCCCACCUCUCUUCAGGAAGGGACAGAUGGCUAAAGAAAUUUUCUCUGUAUUUCCACGCAUUGAAACUUAGCUAGCUGCAGAAAGUAAGGGGAAAGAAAAGCCUGUUACAGAAAGUAUCUGUCCCCCAAAUGCCUCCUCUGUUUAAUGAAAGCUCUGGAGGACAAGUCACUGUUAAAGAAAGUGAACAAAUCCAGAGAUUAAGGACAGCCCCAGUCAUUGCAUGCGUGAAAGCCAGAAAGCGCAAUAAAAACUUUGGUUUGGGUUUUGCUACCGUUGUCAUUUCUCCAGACACUUCAUUUCUGAACAUAGUUUAUUUCUAAGCCUCUAAAGUGAAGCCAUGCCACCUGCUUCUUGCUCAGUGAAUUUAUACUCACAGUACUGUCACACGGAAAGCAAGACGAAUGGCCUGCUCCUGGACCCUGUGAGGUGGUUCAUUACAGAUCCGGUGUAGCUUUUUUUUUCACCCUCUAAAUAUAUAGUAGUUACAUUUAUGAAACAAUUUUUGAAUGACUCUUUUCUAAUUUGGAGAAAUAAUCACAGAUGUGCAAUCUGAAAUAAAAAAUUAAAGAAAUUAAUUCUUGAUUUGUUCUUAAGAAAAAAAUGUGUUGCAUAGCAUGAAUAGGUCUAGUUGGGAUGUUGUUAAGAUUAUUUAACUUGUAGUAGAAGAAUUGAAAAUGAAUGUGUCUCCUGCUGUUGGGCAAAAAGGAAUUCACUAUAAUAUAAGCUUUUUAUCAAAAGAAUAGAAUUCAAGUGUUAUUAUAUUGUUUUUCCAUUCUUCGGUCUUGUAAAAUUACUCCAGAAAUAAUCAGCAUGUUUUUACUUGUAUUUCAUUUUAUACUACUCAGGGAAAAAUGAGCAAAAGUGUUCUUCCCUCAAGUUUAUUUUCUUAAAACAAUAAUAAAUUUGGUGUGUCUGAGUUGGCACUACUUUA